CGUUACAUGCUACCCUCGCCCAACUUGGAAACACUGCACUAGUACUCAUCUUCUGCUUAAUUAAUUAAGAUGGAUCAUCAGCCUCAUGUUCUGAUCUUGCCGUUCCCUGCACAAGGCCACAUCAAACCCCUGCUGAGUUUAGCAGCCCUCCUAUGCCACGCAGGCGUCCAUGUUACCUUCCUCAACACCGAACACAACCACCGCCGCCUCACCGACCUACAAGCACUCUCUACUCACUUCCCAACCCUCCACUUGGAAUCCAUCUCUGAUGGCCUGCCAACCGAUCACCCGCGCAGUCCUAUCCAUCGCAUUCCAGAGUUAAUCUCCUCCAUCAUGUCCCUGACCAAACCACUCUUCCGACAGUUGCUGGCUGACCUUAGCAGCAAGUCUGAGCGUCCGGUCACUUGUGUAAUAGCGGAUGGAAUUAUGUCUUUCGCAAUUGAUUUUGCCAAGGAAUUGGGAAUUCGCACAAUUUCAUUUCGGGUCUUCUCUGCUGCCUGUUUGUGGUCUUUUUUCUGUCUUCCGAAGCUAAUUGAGGAAGGCCAUGUUCCAGUACGAGCAAAUGACGAUCUGGAUUGCACGGUCACAGGCAUACCAGGGAUGGAGGGCCUUUUGCGACGCCGAGACCUACCUAGCAUUUGCAGACAAGAACUCGACGGUCCCACCCUUCAAUUGUUCAUCAAGGAGACUCAGGCCAUGACUCAGGGUUCGCCACUCAUACUAAACACCUUUGACAAUCUUGAAGCUUCGAUUCUCUCCCACCUCGCCCCUCUCUUUUCCAAAAUUUACACCAUUGGACCUCUCCAUGCUCUCUUGAGAUCUCGUAUAGGAGAGGACGUCUUACAAUCUUUAUCAUCCUUUGGCAAUUUACGAGAAGCAGACCGUAGUUGCAUGACCUGGCUGGAUUCGCAGCCGUUAAGAUCAGUUGUUUAUGUCAGCUUUGGAAGCUUGGUGAUCAUGACACGUGGUCAGUUGAUGGAGCUUUGGCACGGUCUGGUCAACAGUGGGAAGCCGUUUCUAUGGGUCAAACGGCACGAUAGCAUUGUAGGUGUGGAAGGAGGGAGCACGAUCCCAAUGGAGCUUCAAGAGGGCACAAAAGAAAGGGGAUUUUUUGUGGAAUGGGCUCCACAAGAAGAAGUCCUAGCCCACCCCGCUGUGGGUGGGUUUUUUACUCAUGCUGGCUGGAACUCGAUCCUAGAGGGCAUUCUCGCUGGGGUCCCUAUGAUUUGUUGGCCCCAAUUUGGAGACCACCAGAUUAAUAGCAAGUGGGUUAGCGAUGUGUGGAUGAUUGGCCUUGAUAUGAAGGACACAUGUGAUAGAUCGACGGUGGAGAGGAUGAUAAAGACACUGAUGGAAGAUAGAAGGGAAGAAAUCAUCGGGUCGAUGGACGGGAUUGCGAAAUUGGCUCACGAUUGUGUUAGCCAAUGUGGAUCUUCUUACCACAAUUUGGACAAGCUUAUUGAAGACAUAAGACAAGUAUGAUUUAUGAGGCAACUUGCAAGUUGCUUGAUGCUUAUACAUAGAUAACGUCAGUAUUCUCAUCUGUUUGAUGUGUUUAUGCUGAUAACUAUCGAUAUUCCUAUC